AUGAACAACCCCGAAUUCCGCCAGACCCUCCACAACAUUUCCCAUAACCUCGAAACUGCCAAUCAAGCGGCUCAGGAGAACAUCUACACAUUCACCCAACUUUAUGUCGAUCCAUGCCUUGAGGGCAUCAAAUCCUGUAUCUAUGCCUGCACUGCGCCUUGUUUCCCCAACAGAGAUGAUAAUAUCCGACGAAGGAGGGGCCGGUCGCGUGGCAGAGCCGAAUAUAACUUUGACUUCUACAAUGCCUGGGAUGACGACGAGGCACUUGUCGACAGCUCCUUAGGCUGGGGUAAUGAUGAGUUGGAUAGUUUACUCGCCGGUCGUGGUUCGCGGGCGAGCCAGCCAAGAAAACAAAGGGCAAUGAGUUAUGGUUCUAGAGGUCGUCGGAAACCCUCGGGCCUACAGCCAGAUUCUGAUCAGGAUCCGACUAUCAUACCAAGCUCGUCAUAUCUAGGGUUCCUGGAGAGGCUUCCAUGGAAGAUUGGGAGCAGGAGGCUCCGUUACAAGCCUUCAGCCGCAGAUUUGCAAGAAAAUCCAGGCGGUGCCCGAGUGCGAGAUGCUGAAACCCAGCCACUAAUAGAAGAGGCAGAUGAAGAAGGUGGUGCGUGGCAAAAAGGUCACGGACGUCAGCGAAGCGAUACUGCCGCUUCGAGGUCCACUACUAACUCUCUAAGUUCUCGAGGGGACCUGAUUAUGAGCGAUGAGGACGAAGAUGCGCAGCCGCUCGACGACGAAUUCGCCGUCAUGCUCAGCCGACGUAAUACUAACCAAGGUUUUGCUGAAGAUCAAAGCAGCGGGAAAACGAAGACAUCGAACAGCAAGCGCCCUGGAGUCUCCCGCAAUUCCACCCGCACCGUCUCAUCCAAGUCGCUGAGAAGUCCCAGUGGAAAAAGUACCCAACGAUCAGAUUCCCAAAAGAAUCUGGCACCUCUAUCUUCCGAUGUGGUCGAGGAGCACUCUGAACCCCCAACUUUGAUGGACCUUCGGCGGGAAGAAGAGCAAGCGGCACAAGAGGAGGAGCUGGAGAUCAAACAGAAACGCGAGGCUGCACAGCGCCUAGCUCUCCACAGAGGACUGAGCUCCCGUGACGUUAAGAACAUGGUCAAUGCAGAAGUUAAACCUGACGACCUUGGCGAACCUGAAUGUUGUACACCUGCGAAACUAGACGUCCUGGCGCCAGAUCCUACGUCACCCAUUGAAUCAUCGUCUCCAGAUCCACAGCCUCGAGAACAAGACGAGUCUACGUCGUCAAGGACAGGCAAUCCUAACGACGGAAAAGACCCAACUUGA